CUCAGCGGGCGGCGGGCAGCCAUGGCGGAGGCCGCGUCGCCACACCUGUCGCUGCCCUCGGGGCUGCUGGAGCUGUGCGCGCUGCUGGGCGCCCCCCGGGACAGCCUCCGCGGCCUCGAGCAGAGAAGGCAACAGAGAUUUCAUCCUGAGAAAAACAGGUGUAUGGUGAACUGCUGAAUGCCAAGUUGGUCUGCUCUGGGGCAUAUCAUUGUUGCACAGAAAAAGGGAGUGAGAAAUCUUUCUGCUCUUGAUCCAGAGGUCCUGUCCGUUUUUGUGCCUCCUUUUGUCAGCAAAGAGGACAGUCUAAUGGCCGGCGCAAACUGCAGCACUCUCGGUAAAACCAGGAGGCGCUCCUUCAGAAAGAAGCGAGAGAAGCCCAGGCCAGAGCAGUGGAAGGGCCCGUCGGGGCCCCCCAGAGUGCCAGAGCCUGAGGAUGUCACCGUCCCGGGUGGCGUGGACCUCCUUGCCCUGCCCCAGCUGUGCUUCCCAGGGGGUGUGUGCAUGGCCACCGAGCCCAAGGAGGACCGCGUCCACUUCCUGGUGCUGACCGACAUCUGCGGGAACAGGACCUACGGCGUGGUGGCCCAGUACUACCGGCCCCUGCACGAUGAGUACUGUUUCUACAAUGGGAAAACACACUGGGAGCCGUCCCGGCCGGUCAUGGGUGCUGCUGGCUGCUUCCUGCCCUUCGCGGUGUGUGUGGUCUCCAGGUUCCCCUAUUACAACUCCCUCAAGGACUGCCUCUCCUGUUUAUUGACUCAUCUGAAGCUUUGUAAAGAUUUUGAAGUCGACAAUGCUAUAAAGGAUUUUGCUGCGAAACUAUCUUUAAUACCCAGUCCGCCGCCUGGACCGCUCCAUUUGGUUUUUAACAUGAAGCCGCUCCAGAUUGUGUUUCCCGCCCGCGCGGACCCGGAGAGCCCUGUCCUGGACCUGGACCUUCACCUGCCCUUGCUGUGCUUCCGGCCGGAGAAGGUGCUGCAGAUCCUGACGUGCAUCCUGAUGGAACAGCGGAUCGUAUUCUUCUCCUCGGACUGGGCUCUGCUGACGCUGGUCGCCGAGUGCUUCAUGGCCUACCUGCACCCCCUGCAGUGGCAGCACCCCUUCGUGCCCAUCCUGUCGGACCAGAUGCUGGAUUUCGUCAUGGCCCCCACGUCCUUCCUCAUGGGCUGCCAUCUUGACCACUUCGAAGAAGUCAGCAAGGAAGCUGACGGUUUAGUUCUGAUAAAUAUUGAUCAUGGGAGCGUCACCUACUCCAAGUCUGCAAACAAUAGUGUGGACAUUCCUGAUGUCCCCCUCCUGGCAGCCCAGACAUUCAUUCAGAGGGUGCAGAGCCUCCAGCUCCACCACGAGCUGCACACCGCCCACCUCUGCUCCAGCACAGACCUGAACGAGGGCCGAGCCCACCGGCGGGCCUGGCAGCAGAAACUCAACUGCCAGAUACAGCAGACCACCCUGCAGCUGCUCGUGAGCGUCUUCAGGGAUGUGAAGAAUCAUUUAAAUUAUGAACACAGAGUCUUCAAUAGUGAAGAAUUUCUCAAAACCAGGGCUCCAGGGGACCAUCAGUUUUAUAAGCAGGUCUUAGACACCUACAUGUUCCAUUCUUUCCUUAAAGCCCGGCUCAGUCGGAGGAUGGACGCCUUCGCCCAGAUGGACCUUGACACCCAGUCGGAGGAGGACAGAAUAAAUGGAAUGCUGAUAAGUCCAAGGAGACCGACUGUGGAGAAAAUCGCCUCUCGGAAGUCCUCACCCCUGCACAUCCCUCACAGGCGCAUGGUGGUGAGCAUGCCCGACCUUCAGGACAUCGCCACGCCCGAGCUGGCACCCAGGAACUCCUCGCUUCGGCUGACAGACACUGCGGGCUGCAGGGGCAGUGGUGCAGUUCUGAAUGUGCCGCCCAAGUCCACAUACAUGUUCAAGAUUCCAGAGAUCCACUUCCCGCUGGUGGGCCAGUGCGUGCAGGCCUACCACGCUGACCUCGCCGCCCUGCUGACCAAGGCCAUGGGCCUUCUGGCUCCUGACAACUCUCUACUCCUGGCCCGCUAUUUCUACCUCCGAGGGCUCGUUCAUCUGAUGCAGGGACAGCUGCUGAACGCCCUCUUGGACUUCCAGAAUCUGUAUAAAACAGACAUAGGGAUCUUUCCCGCUGAUCUGGUGAAGAGGACAGUAGAGUCCAUGUCUGCUCCUGAGCGGGCGCAGGCUGAGCGGGCGCCAGAGCUGAUGAGGCUCAUCAGCGAGGUCCUGGACAAGCCGCACGAGGCCUCGAAGCCGGACGACCACGUGAAGAACUUCGAGCUGCCCAAGAAGCACAUGCAGCUGGGCGACUUCGUGAAGCGGGUUCAGGAGUCGGGGAUCGUGAGGGACGCCAGCACCAUCCACCGGCUGUUCGAGGCCCUGACUGUGGGACAGCAGAAACAAAUCGACCCAGAAACAUUCAAAGAUUUCUACAACUGCUGGAAGGAGACGGAAGCAGAAGCGCAGGAGGUCAGUCUGCCGUGGCUGGUGAUGGAACACCUGGAUAAAAGCGAGUGUGUGUAUAAGUUGUCCAGCUCCGUCAAGACGAACCUAGGCGUUGGCAAGAUCGCCAUGACCCAGAAGCGCCUGUUCCUCCUAACGGAAGGCAGGCCCGGCUACGUGGAGAUUUCCACCUUCAGAAAUAUAGAGGAGGUCAGGAACACCACCAUCGCGUUUCUGCUGCGGAGAAUACCCACCCUAAAAAUCAAAGUGGCAUCCAAGAAAGAAGUCUUUGAGGCCAACCUGAAAACUGAGUGUGACCUCUGGCACCUGAUGGUGAAGGAGAUGUGGGCUGGGAAGAAGCUGGCCGAUGACCACAAGGACCCGCAGUACGUCCAGCAGGCGCUCACCAAUGUCUUGCUGAUGGAUGCCGUCGUGGGCACGCUGCAGUCACCGGGCGCCAUCUACGCUGCCUCCAAGUUAUCUUACUUUGAUAAGAUGAGGCACGAGUUGCCCAUGGCGCUUCCGAAGACAACCUUGGAAACUCUGAAGCACAAAAUCAACCCCUCGGCGGGCGAGACGCUCCCACAAGCGGUGGACGUGCUGCUGUACACUCCCGGUGAGGCCCCUCUCCCGCCCCUCGCUGCCAGCUUUCAGACGACCUGAUGAGCUCAGGUUUGGGUUCAGGGUCAGCCCUGAAGUGAAAGGGAAGCCAGUGUCAUGGGGUGAGUGGGGACAAGGAGCCUGCUGCUUUCUGAAGUAAAGUGCUGAGUGACAGGUGUGCAGCUGGCAUGACCGCUCCAUGGACUCAGCCUCACGAUGCCCAGAGCCAGGAGCCGUGGAGGAUGGAAACCGGGCCAGCACUUGAGCUCCCCCCAGUGCCACCAUCCCUCACCUUCUAGAGCAGUCGAAGGUCAUACUAGCAUUUUCUUUUUUGAGAUGGAGUCUCGCUGUCUCUCGCCCAGGCUAGAGUGUAGUGGUGCAAUCUCGGGUCACUGCAACCUCCAACUCCUAGAUUCAGGCGAUUCUCCAGCCUCAGCCUCCGGAGUAGCUAGGACCCGGGGUGCCUGUCGCCAUGCCGGGCCAACACACUAGCACUUUCUAAAGCACUCCUGCCCACGUGUUUCCCCAGAAGCCCUUAAUCGCACCCUCUUGUCAAUGUGGUAAUGUGAUGGUGCCUCUGAUGUGUGCUGUCCUAGAAACUGACCGAUGCGGAGCCUGCGUGGCCUGAGUGCCUGCUGCUGGUGCCUCUUCUCUGCGGGUGCAGCUGCACCUGCCUCCUGUGCUCGGCUCUCCUGGGACCCUGCGUGCGGCAGCAGGGUGGUGGCAGGAGAAGGAAGUGGGCGUGGCCAAGGGUCUCCAUAGAAACAAAGAUGGCUGUCAUGUUGCAUGUUUGAACUGUGGGAAACACUUAUUUAAUUCUGGCUUACGGAGAAUGCAGCAGGGAAGCUUAUGCUGAGGGUUCAUGGUGUGGAAAACAAAGGAGAACAGUUCUAGGCAGAAAAGAUUUUUAUUUGUUGUUGAUUUUUUAUUUUUUUGAGUCAGGGUCUUGCUCUGUUGCCCAGGGUAGAGUGUAGUUGUGCAAUCACA